UCAUGUGGGUCAGGCCGAUUUGCGCGAUCCCCACCAGCUCAUAUCGUCGUCGUCGACGCUGCCGCUCGUCAGUGUGCCGAUGAGAGGAAAAAGCGGCUUUCUCGGGGACUUCCUGUGGUGUGGAGUGUUGCGGUGAAUCGAAAAUGAUGCUCCCCCCGCCGAAAGCCGCGUAGACUCGCUUCCUGCCGUCGUAGCUGAAGUCAAACGCGCGGUGCCUUCUCUGAGGUGGUGAUGGCCCGCGAGAAGACCACGGGGAAGAUGGUCGCCAUAAAGUGCAUCCCCAAAAAAGCCCUGAAAGGGAAGGAGAACAGUCUGGAGAACGAGAUCGCCGUGCUGAGGAAGAUCAAGCAUGAGAAUAUCGUGGCCCUGGAGGACAUUUACGAAAGCUCCAACCACCUGUACCUCAUAAUGCAGUUGGUGUCCGGCGGCGAACUCUUUGACCGCAUCGUGGAGAAGGGCUUCUACACGGAGAUGGACGCCAGUCGGCUCAUCCGCCAAGUUUUGGAUGCCGUCAACUAUCUCCACUCCAUGGGCAUCGUGCACCGAGACUUGAAGCCAGAGAACCUUCUCUACUUUAGUCCGCACGACGAGUCCAAGAUCAUGAUCAGCGACUUUGGCCUGUCCAAGAUGGAGGGCACCGGCGGCGUGAUGGCCACCGCCUGCGGAACUCCGGGAUACGUGGCACCCGAGGUGUUGGCGCAGAAGCCGUACAGUAAAGCCGUGGACUGCUGGUCUAUCGGGGUCAUCGCUUACAUCCUGCUCUGCGGCUACCCGCCGUUCUACGACGAGAACGACUCCAAACUCUUCGAGCAGAUCCUGAAGGCCGACUACGAGUUUGACGCGCCGUACUGGGACGACAUAUCGGAUUCUGCCAAAGACUUCAUCAGCUGCCUGAUGGAAAAAGAUCCCGAGAAGAGGUUCACCUGCGACCGGGCUCUGGAGCACCCCUGGAUCGCCGGGGGGACGGCCCUCUGCAAGAACAUCCACGAGUCCGUCAGCCGGCAGAUGCGCAAGAACUUUGCCAAAAGCAAAUGGAGGCAAGCCUUCAACGCCACGGCGGUGAUCCGCCACAUGCGGCGCCUGCAGCUGGGCGCCAGCUUCGGCGGCAGCGUCCGCGGCGACGGCGCCGCCUCCAGAGCGCCGGCCAAGAGUCAGUCGGUGGACUGCGCCCCGCUCGCCACGCGCCGCUGUCCGCCGACGGCCCCCCCGCCGGCCCCGGAGGAGGCGCACCUGCCCCGCCCCUCCACCGUCACGGUCAUCCACACGGGGACUAAAUGACGCCAGGUUCCGCGGGAGGUGAGCUGGGAGACCACCGAGC